AUGGAGAAGAAGGAGAAAUCAGAGAUUUCGUCAACGGAAGCUGUUCUUCUUGGAGCCCUGGCUCCAGGCGUCAAUGCUCCAACAUGGAACACUUUGAGAUUCGCGUUUCUUCUUCUGGGUCUCUGCCUCACUUUCAUGCUCUCCAUUGCUUUCACCAGUGGCCAAUCCAUGCUGCUUGUUCAUGUUGGCUUUCUCAUUGUAAUCGCAUCCACUCUCUUUAUCCUCCUCAAUUGGUUUCUUGCUCAGACAGGCUUAGUACCAAUUGAGACACAAAUGCAGGAGCUGAACUUGGCACCUACUGAUAAAAGCAAAUGA